AUGGCUCCAUCAGCAAUAGAUAUCGCCCAUUCAACAAUGGAGAAGCCAACUAAGAAGAACAUUGGGGUUUAUACAAAUCCAGGGCAUGACUUAUGGGUCGCAGAGGCUCAACCAUCCCUUGAAGCCAUCGAGAAGGGAGAUAGCUUAAAACCCGGAGAGGUGACCGUUGGCAUCAAGAGCACCGGCAUUUGCGGUUCCGAUGUACACUUCUGGCACGCUGGAUGCAUAGGACCUAUGAUCGUCACCGACACUCAUAUUCUUGGGCACGAAUCUGCAGGAGUGAUAUUGGCUACUCAUCCUUCUGUAGAACAUCUUAAGGUCGGAGAUCGCGUGGCAAUUGAACCCAAUGUCAUCUGUGGCGAAUGCGAGCCUUGUCUUACGGGCAGAUACAAUGGAUGUGACAAAGUCCAGUUUCUGUCGACUCCUCCUGUCCCUGGACUCCUACGCAGAUAUGUCAACCAUCCAGCAGUCUGGUGCCAUAAGAUCGGAGAUAUGUCCUUCGAAGACGGUGCUAUGUUAGAGCCACUGAGUGUAUCACUCGCCUGUAUGCAGAGAGCUGGCGUACGGUUGGGAGACCCAGUCCUCAUCUGCGGUGCAGGUCCUAUUGGUCUCAUUACACUGCUCUGCUGCCAGGCUGCCGGUGCAUGCCCUCUUGUUAUUACCGAUAUUGACGAGGGAAGGCUGGCGUUCGCAAAGAAGAUUGUGCCCUCAGUGGUGACCUACAAGGUGGAGAGGAUGGCGGGUGAGGAGGCUGGCAAGGCCAUUGUAGCUGCAUUCGGGGGUAUUGAGCCCGCAGUCGCUCUCGAGUGCACAGGAGUGGAGAGUAGUAUUUCGUCUGCAAUUUGGGCUAUGAAGUUCGGCGGAAAGGUCUUCGUGGUAGGCGUUGGGAAGAACGAAAUGAAUAUUCCGUUCAUGCGGCUGAGUGUUCGCGAGAUCGACCUACAAUUCCAGUACCGAUACUGCAAUACCUGGCCUAGGGCGAUCCGAUUGGUCCAGAGCGGUUUAAUUGAUAUGAAGAAGCUGGUUACGCACCGUUUCCAGUUGGAGGAUGCUGUGAAGGCUUUCGAAACUGCAGCGGAUCCCAAGACUGGCGCCAUCAAGGUGCAAAUAAAGAGUGAGGACUGA